GGGACUUCGCUCUCGUACCACUUGUGCGUGACCACGCGCACGCGCGGCUGUCCUUAGCAGCUCAACUCGUAGCUGGGGCUUCCUGUGGUAGCUGCCGUUGUUAGCAUCUUGUCCCUGCCCGGGCUAAACCACCAGAUGGUGCUGCUAAGCUAACUAUGGAUCCCAAAGUCACCUGCUGUCUCAAAAGACCAACUCUCCUGCUCUGGCAGAGAAGAAAACCUGACAUAUUCUGUUACAUGGAAUGGGGCUCAAACACCUCCUGUGUUUGCUGCUCAGUGCGGCCGCCCUGACAGUUUCUGGAGUUCUUGGUGAAGAUGGGACAAACGAGGCGUAUGGGUGGACCAGGGAAAGCCUCCCAGUGCUGCUGGAAACACACACACACCUUUUAAACAUACCUUUAUUCAGAGGGCAGGAGGAGGAUGAGGAGAAAGGAAGGGCAAAGACAUGUGGGAUAGAGUGUCAAAGCAGCCUACCACCUAUGGACCACGCUGAGCAAGAGAGGUUUCUGGGUUAUGAGACGAUGUAUGAGAAUGGCACUCGCACACACACAGAUGUCAGUUUGCAAGGUUUUAAUAAGACGUCCGCAAGAACACAAGCCCACUCACAAACCAGAAGGAAACGGCAAGUUUACGGAGCAGAUGGACGCUUUGUGAUCUCCGAUUCACAUUUCAUCACCAACUACCCGUUCUCUACUGCAGUCCGCCUCUCCACAGGCUGCUCUGGAGUCCUGGUUUCCCCAAAACACGUCCUGACAGCGGCACACUGCAUCCAUGACGGGAAUGACUACCUAAAGAGCGCCAGAAAGGUUAAAGUAGGAGUGCUGCAGCUCAAAAGCAAAAGAAGAAGAGGAGGAAGGAGAAGAGGAGGACGGCGGAGGGGUGGGAGGUUAGGAGAGGGGGAGGCAGGAGAGGAGCAGAUGAUGGAGGAAGGUAAGGAGCAGAAUAGUAUAGAUGGAGAUGUUGCAGGAGGCAGAAAUGGAGGCAAAGGUAGGAGACGCAGCAGAAUAAGGGAGAAAGGUCAUGUUGCAGCUUCUAAUGGAAUUAUAGGAGAAGGAGGGAAACGGAAAGGUUUCAACCGUGUUCGUCGCAGUGCUCAACCUGGAAGGCAGCCUGUCUUCCGCUGGACCCGAGUUAAACAAACCCGAAUCCCUGAAGGAUGGAUCCACUCCAAGCGUUCCACCAACUCAGUUUCCUCUGACUAUGAUUACGCCCUUCUGGAGCUGAAACGACAAGUCAAACAAAAACCCAUGAAGCUAGGGGUGGCUCCCUCCGCCAUUCCCCUUGCACGGAUCCACUUCUCAGGCUACGAUGCCGACAAAAGCCUGCUGGACGGGCGUGGAGAUGAGAAGGUGGUUUAUCGCUUUUGCUCGGUGGAGAAGGAGUCUGACGAUUUGAUGUACCAGCACUGUGAUGCGCAAGCUGGCGCGACAGGUGCUGGAGUUUACGUUCGUCUGAGACAGGAAGCAGGAAACGCAGGCAGGAAAGGGAAGUGGCAAAGAAGGGUGAUUGGGGUGUUCUCGGGUCAUCAGUGGGUAGAGGUGGAGGGCGGUGACCUGAGGGACUUUAAUGUUGCUGUGAGGAUCACUCCUCCCAAAUAUGCCCAAAUCUGUCACUGGAUCCAUGGAGAUCCAAGUCUCUGUAAAGAGGUCUGAACUUACAGAACAACAGAUCUGCAAGAGAAAAAGAUCUGUUGUCCCUUUCCAGUAGACUCAAAGAUCAGAGCUGGCAUUUAUAAAACCUCAAAGAACUGCUUUUAAGAAUGGUCUAAACUUUGGCUCAUGAAUCACAAAGGUCUUGGUAAAUAGUAGGACUUAGAUGCUUUGCUUAAGUGCUGACUGUGGUGAUUCCUAAUUGUUGUAAAGUAAGGACUACAGUCAUGCCCAACACCCAACACUGAGGCCUCCGAACACUGUUUCAUGGCUGCAUCACAGCCUCAUGCACACUUUGUCAUGUUCAGGCCUACCCAUCAUUCACUGUAACCAACAUUAUCCUGUACAUGCUUCAGUAAAUUACAACAUACAAGACAAAAACUUAUAAAAGAUGUUUCCUUAAUAAUAACAAUUUUAAUAUGUGGUAUUUGGGAUAUUAUCCAUAAAAACAAGUCCAAAACAGGCAUAGAAUAUUUGUUAGUGAUGACCUAAAAACAAAAUAUGUCCUUAGAAGAGAAUUUCACUGAUUUAUCAGUGCACUAAAACUGUCAGGCUCUAUGGACAGAAUGAUCAAAAUCAAUGCAGCAGAACCAGAGAUAUCGUCUUUUUGUAUUCCACACAUUCGUCAGCUUUGUUGAAACCUGGUGCCUACAUUACCCACAAUUCCACUCAACCACCAACAGUCCGGGACUAGGGUGUGUUAUGCUAGUAACGGCUAGUGAAGUGGCCUUGAUUCAAAUCUCAAGCAGAGAUGGGCAGUGGGCUAUAGAGGUUCACUUCUUUGUAACUCCCACACCACAUUUCAGAUUUGAAGUCUUCAGCUGAAACUCACGUUGACUCAAGUGACAUCACAUGAGGCAGGUUUUCAGAUUUCACUCUGCUCCCUCUGGAGCCACAAAAGGCUUCAUACAACUUUUUUAUUAUGCUGUUGUACUCCCAACACCUGUAAACGUGUAAAAUCAGUGGAGUUUACUGGCAAGUUUAUAUAUUUAGAAUAACUUUAAUUUAUAAUUUCUAUGUUAUGUUACUCACCAGAAUGCAUGUAUUUCACAGCUCAGCUAACAUAAUACACUUUUUAAAAUAAGGGUAAAACAAACACAUAGGAUUAUAUAAAUUACAUUAGAAGUUCCUGAUUUUGGAUCUGCAACUUGUUCAGCCAUUUAUCAGUAAAUUUAGAGCCUGUGGGGAAUCGCAUACAUGCAGUUAAUAUUUGUGGAUGAUGCUCUAAAAUUGCUAAAUAUAUGACAAAAUGUCUAAAUUUGACAUAGUUAAAUACUUUUGUUGUCACCUUUUCUAAACACCACAGUUGUUUGUCUCUGAAACACCUAAUUUAUAUGAAUGUAAUUAACUGAAACUGUAAUUAUAUAAAAGGAAAGACAAAAUCUUGGUAUUUUCUCAUGUUGCACAUUGUGAACACCAUGUUUUGUUUGCUUUUGCAUAGGGGCAUACAGUGCAUAAGUUUAAGUGGUGAUAGCCUGUUGGUCCUCUUUCACUUCAUGUUAAAGGAAAACCUAGGUGCGUAUAUAUAUAUAUAUAUAUAUAUAUAUAUAUAUAGAUAGAUAGAUAGAUAGAUAGAUAGAUAAAUAGAUAGAUAGGUUUUUUCAGAUGUUUAGAAGUGAGCAACAAUGCUUUCUGUUGUCUUGCCUAUUAUUGACCUGGCCACAAACACAUUUUCAUUUUCUUGUAAUAAAAGUAAUUAAUGUUGAUAACAAAACAAAAAAUUAAAAUAAUUUUUAAAAACAAGCUUACCAGAAGCAGACCCCAGAUAAGUGAUGAGCCAUGAGGAUUGUUUGGAUCAGUGUAUUUGUCUUUUAUUGCAUCUCAUUUGGACUCACAUGCAGGUGGGGGUGAGGGAGGGAGGGCAAUGCCAUCCAUAAUAACCCAAAAAAAGAAACAAAGAAAAAAAAAAAAGAA